GUCUUGUAGAGAAGAUUGGGGCUCUGUUCCUGUGCUCAGUAGUAGGCACUAGUCUUGUAGAGAAGAUUGGUGCUCUGUUCCUGUGCUCAGUAGUAGGCUCUAGUCUUGUAGGGAAGAUUGGAGGCUCUGUUCCUGUGCUCAGUAGUAGGCACUAGUCUUGUAGGGAAGAUUGGGGCUCUGCUCCUGUGCUCAGUAGUAGGCACUAGUCUUGUAGAGAAGAUUGGGGCUCUGUUCCUGUGCUCAGUAGUAGGUGCUGGUCUUGUAGAGAAGAUUGGGGCUCUGUUCCUGUGCUCAGUAGUAGGCACUAGUCUUGUAGAGAAGAUUGGAUGCUCUAUUCCUGUGCUCAGUAGUAGGCACUAGUCUUGUAGAGAAGAUUGGGGCUCUGUUCCUGUGCUCAGUAGUAGGCACUAGUCUUGUAGGGAAGAUUGGGGCUCUGUUCCUGUGCUCAGUAGUAGGCACUAGUCUUGUAGAGAAGAUUGGGGCUCUGUUCCUGUGCUCAGUAGUAGGCGCUAGUCUUGUAGAGAAGAUUGGAUGCUCUGUUCCUGUGCUCAGUGGUAGGCACUAGUCUUGUAGAGAAGAUUGGGGCUCUGUUCCUGUGCUCAGUAGUAGGUGCUGGUCUUGUAGAGAAGAUUGGGGCUCUGUUCCUGUGCUCAGUAGUAGGCGCUAGUCUUGUAGAGAAUAUUGGAUGCUCUGUUCCUGUGCUCAGUGGAAGGCACUAGUCUUGUAGAGAAGAUUGGGGCUCUGUUCCUGUGCUCAGUAGUAGGUGCUGGUCUUGUAGAGAAGAUUGGAUGCUCUGUUCCUGUGCUCAGUAGUAGGUGCUGGUCUUGUAGAGAAGAUUAGGGCUCUGUUCCUGUGCUCAGUAGUAGGUGCUGGUCUUGUAGAGAAGAUUGGAUGCUCUGUUCCUGUGCUCAGUAGUAGGCACUAGUCUUGUAGAGAAGAUUGGGGCACUGUUCCUGUGCUCAGUGGUAGGCACUAGUCUUGUAGAGAAGAUUGGGGCUCUGCUCCUGUGCUCAGUAGUAGGCACUAGUCUUGUAGGGAAGAUUGGGGCUCUGUUCCUGUGCUCAGUAGUAGGCACUAGUCUUGUAGGGAAGAUUGGGGCUCUGUUCCUGUGCUCAGUAGUAGGCACUAGUCUUGUAGGGAAGAUUGGGGCUCUGUUCCUGUGCUCAGUAGUAGGCACUAGUCUUGUAGAGAAGAUUGGGGCUCUGUUCCUGUGCUCAGUAGUGGGUGCUGGUCUUGUAGAGAAGAUUGGAUGCUCUGUUCCCGUGCUCAGUCUCUAUUAGAGGAGAUUGGGUCCUGCAAGCCUGCCGUCAGCAGUAGGAGAUGGACAGUUGCAGAGAAGUUUGAGGGCUCUGGAUUGAAGUUUAUGUAUCUGCUGUAUAAGUUCUCAUUGUAGACUGGUUUAUGGAAGGAAUAAUGCAGAAGCUGUGAUAGAUUCAGCACGGUGCAUGUAAAAGGUAUAAGCACGGGAGCUGUGGGAAGAAUUGAUGUAGCACAGGACUGGUUAUAAUGCAGUAGUGACAGGUGGCCAGAGACACAGCAAAUAUAGGCUACACAGGGAACUCUAAGUAUAUUGUAUUAAUGUAGUGUAGUAUAAUCACGGUAAGUGUUGUAAGACCAGCAGAGGACCAGCAAUGAGACUUGUAUAAGAGCUUAUAAGAGACAUAGGACAUAGCGCACAUUGAGGUGCUGGAGCCUUCGUGGAGCCUGGGUGUCUGAGCAACAAUUGGCUGUGUACAUAGGACUUGGACCUCCUGUAGAAGAGCUUGUGUAGUGCUUACAUCACCUGCGCAGCGUGGAGCGAGGCUGCCAGAGUCACCGUCUAUUCACAUUCAGAAAGUCAUAUCAGUGACUGGGAGGCCUUCUACUAAACCAGCACAUUCCUCUCUCAUGUAACGGUGGAGCUAUCGCUGCUGCAGAGGGGGAUACAUUGGAUGCCAUAGUGUCUGGAUCACAGAGGUAUAUCACUGCCCAGAACAUAUUUUUUGUAUAUUUUUGUGACUUGUGACAUCAUCUUUGCAUUUUUAAAAACAAAUACUGCUGACAGCACCACGGGCGGACUCGCCCCGUAAUGUUUUCUUUCAGACGUUCAUAGUACUCUCUUUUUUUUUUUUUUUUUUGGCACCGUUUCCGUUACUUGGAAGUGACUCUUUUUUUUCUCUUGGGGGAUGAACAUUGGGGCUCUCUGUACCCCAGCCUCCUAGAGGUUACCCAGGAUGAAGAAGCUGAAUUUCCGUAAAGUUUUGGAGGGCUUAACUGCCUCGUCCCCCGUUGGCGGCGGUGGAGCAGCGGUGGGUGGUGGAACCGGUGGCGGCUGCUCACUAUAUCCAUCCGGGACGCUUGGUGCCGUUGUGUCGCCCCGAGAUGCGGACGUCCAGGAGAGCCUGACCUCUGAACAGUUCCAUAUCUGCAAGACCGUACGCCAUGGAUUUCCAUACCAGCCCACUGCUUUAGCCUUUGACCCUGUCCAAAAGAUUUUGGCGAUCGGCACACGGACCGGAGCUGUACGCAUACUGGGCCGGCCUGGUGUGGACUGCCACUGCCAGCACGAUAGCACCGCGGCAGUACUGCAUCUCCAGUUCUUAAUCAACGAGGGUGCCUUGGUCACUGCGUGUGCUAACGAGACGCUCCACUUGUGGAACCUGAGACAGAAGCGGCCGGCUGUACUUCAUUCCCUUAGAUUUAACAAAGAGCGGAUUACCUGCUGCCAUCUGCCUUUCCAGAGUAAGUGGCUGUACGUCGGGACGGAGAGAGGAAACACACACAUUGUAAAUAUAGAAUCCUUCGUUCUGUCCGGAUAUGUCGUCAUGUGGAACAAGGCCAUAGAACUAUCUACCAAGGCUCACCCGGGACCAGUUGUACAUUUAAGCGACACGCCGCGAGAUGAAGGAAAGUUACUCAUAGGAUAUGAAAGUGGGACAAUUGUGCUUUGGGACUUGCGAUGUAAAAGAGCCGAUGUUCGGUUUUAUUACGACGAGGCGAUCCACUCUAUAGGGUGGCACCACGAAGGCCGGCAGUUCAUGUGCAGCCAUUCUGACGGCAGCCUCUCGGUGUGGAAUGUGAAGAACCCAGCCCGGCCCUUCCAGGUCACUACUCCCCAUGGGAAAAUUCAAAGGGAUGGAAGAAAAGCGGAAUCGUGUAAACCCAUUCUGAAAGUUGAAUACAGAACGUGUAAGAACAGUGAGCCAUUUAUCAUCUUCUCUGGAGGCUUGUCCUAUGAUAAAGCCAGCAGAAGACCCAGUCUAACCAUCAUGCAUGGGAAGGCAAUCACCGUGCUGGAAAUGGACCACCCUAUUGUGGACUUCCUCACGCUGUGUGAGACACCAUAUUCAAACGAAUUCCAAGAACCUUACGCUGUGGCUGUGCUCAUGGAGAGAGACCUGAUCGUGGUGGACCUGACACAAAGCAAUUUUCCAAUCUUUGAGAACCCAUAUUCCAUGGACAUCCAUGAGUCGCCGGUGACCUGUACGGAAUAUUUCGCAGACUGUCCCCCUGACCUGAUUCCAGUGCUUUAUUCUGUUGGAGCAAAGCACAAAAAACAAGGCUACAGCAACAAGGAAUGGCCAAUAACUGGAGGUAUUUGGAACCUUGGAACUACAGCCUACCCUGAAAUUAUCAUCACAGGGCACGCCGAUGGUUCUGUGAAGUUCUGGGACGCGUCAGCCAUCAACCUUCAGAUGCUGUACAAGCUGAAAACAUCCAAGGUGUUUGAGAAGCAGAAGCUGGGAGAGGGGAAGCAGCCAACGGACACAGUAGAGGACGAUCCCUUCGCCAUCCAAAUGAUGUCUUGGUGUCCGGAGAGCAGAGUCUUCUGCGUAGCUGGAGUUUCCACCUACGUCAUAGUCUAUAGAUUCAGCAAGACCGAGGUGGUGACGGAAAUAGCGUCCCUAGAAUUUCGGCUGCAGUACGAGGUGGAGGAUCUCAUAACGCCUGACCCAGAUUCCAUCCCUCCUUUUCCUGAGCCCACCUGUCAGCCUCUGUCCCUGAAGAGCAGGAACCUGGCUGGCAGUGCCAACACUGUGGCCGGGGAAGGGCCGCUGAGGGACAGCGUGCCAUGUCUCAGUGUGAAGAACCGGCCAGUGCGGAUGCCCCCCGGGUACCAGGCGGAACUGGUCGUCCAGCUUGUGUGGGUGGACGGAGAACCUCCUCAGCAGAUCACCAGCCUGGUUGUCAGCUCUGCCUAUGGCCUGGUGGCCUUUGGGAACGGGAACGGCCUGGCUGUUGUAGACUACAUCCAGAAGAACAUCCUACUGAGCAUGGGGACCAUUGAGUUGUACGGAAGCAGUGACCCCUACCAGCGGCAGCCGCGCUCUCCUCGCAAGAGUAAGCAGUUCACCGCAGACAACUUUUGCAUGCGUGGCCUGUCUAAUUUUUACCCAGAUUUAACGAAACGGAUCCGUACUUCUUAUCAGAGUCUAACGGAACUCGCCGACAGCCCUGUGUCGCUGGAGCUGGACCGCUGCAAGUCUCCGACAUCAGAUCACGUUAACGGCCACUGUACAAGUCCAACAUCACAGACCUGCAGUUCAGGGAAGCGGAUCUCCAGUGCUGAUGCCACGAAAGCCAACAGAAGAGGUCCGGGGAGACCCCCGUUCCGGAAAGCACAGUCUGCAGCGUGCAUGGAGAUAUCCCUGCCAGUCACUUGUGAAGCAGUAGGUUACAUAUCCAGACGGGCAAUGCUUCAGCAGUUACACGGAGUCAGUACAUACUCAAAUGAUGAAUCCCACUAUUCUCCCAACUCGUGGCCAGAGAAAGAGACUCGGGAAAGCAACGUCAGCCGCUCACGCAGCUCCAGUGUGUCCAGCAUCGAUAAAGAGUCCAAGGAGGCCGUCACGGCCUUGUACUUCAUGGAGUCCUUCGCCCGGAAGAACGACCCGUCCCCUCUGCCAUGCCUGUGGGUGGGGACCAGCCUGGGGAUGGUGCUGAUCGUAUCCCUCAAUGUGCCGGUCACCGAAGAGCAGAGGCAGACGGAGCCGGUGCUGGUCUCUCCUAGCGGUACCGUGCUCACGCUGAAGGGGGCCGUGCUCAGGAUCUCCUGCCUGGACUGUAUGGGCUCCUUAAUACACCCCUCGUACGAAGUUUGGAGGGACCCGAACAGCACAGAAGACAACGAGAGGACGAGGAAGAGGAAACUGGUCACGUUCUCUCCAUCCUCAUCCCAAGAUAUGAGCGACCAUCAGUUUGCUGUCGUCUGCUCGGAAAAGCAAGCCAAAGUGUUCUCUCUGCCUUCCCAGACCUGCCUGUACGUCCACAACAUCACCGAGACCUCCUUCCUGCUGCAGGCCGACGUGGUGAAUAUGUGCAACACCGUCCUGCUGGCGUGCUUCUGUGCCAACGGGCACCUCAUGACAAUAAGCCUCCCCAGCCUCCGUCCUCUGCUAGAUGUCAAUUACUUGCCAUUAACGGACAUGAGAAUAGCGAGGACAUUCUGCUUCACCAAUGGCGGGCAAGCGCUGUACCUGUGCUCUCCCAGCGAGAUCCAAAGAAUCACUUACAGCCAGGUGAUGUGCGACAGUCUGCAGGACAUGCUCGGAGACCUCUUCUCGCUGGUGGAGACUCCAGAAGCUCAGAACAGGGGCUUCCUGAAAGGACUGUUUGGUGGAAGCGGACAGACCAUUGACAGAGAGGAGCUAUUUGGUGAAGCCUCCGCCGGUAAAGCCUCUCGCAGCCUGGCACAGCAUAUCCCAGGACAGGGCGGCAUAGAGGGGGUAAAAGGAGCGGCGACCGGAGUGGCCGGAGAUUUAUACCGAGCUCGGAUAGCCCUGGAUGAGAGAGGACAGAGGCUGGGCGAGCUGGAGGAUAAGACGGAACGCAUGUUAUCAAGUGCAGAAUCCUUCUCCAAACACGCACACGAGCUGAUGGUGAAACACAAGGACAAGAAGUGGUAUCAGUUCUGAGCUGCGGUGCCGCGGGAGGAAUGACGUCUCCGGCCUAUCAGGGACUGCGCAUUGACUCCAGCAUUCUUCAGCAUCACAGUGUGCAACACUUCAUGGUGCGGUGUCCGCACAGGAGACGGUGCCGACAGUGAAGGGACAUUCCGCACCGCUACCUUAGUGACCGCCCCCUUCCCUGCAGCCGAGACCAGCGGCGGAAUCCCACCUCUUCAAGGACUUCUCACAAGGGCAUGUCAACUUUUCUAAAGUGUUUUUCUGAAGACAAAAUAUAAGUGUCCUGUAAAACUAGGCUUCCGUGCGCUCCCGGCGCCAGACUGCGCAGACAACGUAGAACCCUAAUUGCAUGACAGGAAGAGCCGCAUGCUGGGGAGAAAGGGUUUAUAGAGACGCGGGAGGAAGGGAGCGUCUCUCACCGAGGUCAGAGCAGAGCGACAGUAUUUCCAUGUGUGCGCCUAGUUCCUCGCUACGUAACUUAGAGCUUUGUCUUUGCCGCACUUAGAGCCUCGCCGCGUCGUAUCCUGCAGGAGAGGGCUGUACAGAUGUAUAAAGAGAGGAAUUAUAUUUACGUCCCGGGCGCUGGGGUGUACCACCAUCUACCACACACCUUAUGUAAAUGAGCCUACAGGCUGUGUACUGUAAGUGACUGUGGCGCACUGCCAGCAGUUUACAGGAGGUAGGUACCAGUCGCCCGGAUCUUUCCAUAGAAUAGUUAUACAAAUUAAAGCAAAAUGUAUGUGUUUGAAAUUAAAGUGUAAUUUGACAUCCCUUUAA